GCCGCUACGGCCGUGCUCUCGGCGUCCCGAGGAUCGAUCCAGACCGACCAGGCGGUGCCAUGGAGCCCACACUCGCCUGGUCCUGAGCGGCGUAGGACGAGCGACCAGCCGGGCCUAAAGUGGGCUUCACUUCCUCUGCAACCAGAGCGCACGGACCGGGCGAAGCGCGGCCAUGGAGGCGAUAUGGCUCUACCAGUUCCGGCUGAUCGUCAUCGGGGACUCGACCGUGGGCAAGUCGUGCCUGAUCCGGCGGUUCACGGAGGGCCGCUUCGCGCAGGUGUCCGACCCCACCGUGGGCGUGGACUUCUUCUCGCGGCUCGUGGAGAUCGAGCCGGGCAAGCGGAUCAAGCUGCAGAUCUGGGACACCGCGGGUCAGGAGCGCUUCAGAUCCAUCACCAGGGCUUACUACCGUAACUCCGUGGGGGGCCUCCUGCUGUUUGACAUUACCAAUCGCCGCUCCUUCCAAAACGUCCACGAUUGGCUGGAGGAGGCUCGCAGCCACGUGCAGCCGCACAGCAUCGUCUUCCUACUGGUCGGCCACAAGUGUGACCUGGAGGCCCAGCGGCAGGUGAGCCGCCAGGAGGCAGAGAAGCUGGCGGGUGCGUACGGCAUGCGCUACGUCGAGACGUCGGCCCGCGACGCCAUCAACGUGGAGCACGCCUUCACCGAGCUCACCAGGGACAUCUUCGCCCUGGUGCGGUCUGGCGACAUCACGAUCCAGGAGGGCUGGGAGGGCGUGAAGAGCGGCUUCGUGCCCAACGUGGUCCACUCCUCGGAAGAGGUGACCAAGAGCGACCGCCGCUGCCUUUGUUGAUCGGGAAGGAGCCGUGGACAGGAGGGAAUGGAGGAUCCGGAGUGGACUGGCUGACAGACUGUCGGCCCUCGGACUUGAACUGCUGGCGGCCCUCUGUUCUGCAGACGAGGGGGUUGGAGGCUGGGGGAACGCCCUACACCUUGAGUGUGGUUGGAUGGCUGACGAGUUGCACCCAUUUCCUGGAGGGGAACAAUCCCAGGUACUAGGACGGCUCCCAGGGUUCAGUUCCUUUAGCUUUGUUUUGAGGAAUCCUGCCUGUAAAUCCCUCCCUGAAGUCUUAAAAGGCCUUAGAAAGAGGAUCCAUUUAGGCUCUUAGCUCCACUCAUCCCUCUCCUCUUCUUCGCAUACUUCUGAAUCUUUUUCUCUCCUCCAAUAUGCAAUUCCAUAACACAAUCACUAACACCUGGACAAAUCACACUGACGUCCACGCUCCUCCUUGCACAUACCAUCCAAACAACCUUAGAUUCAACAUUCCUCAUCAACAAGAGUCUUGUUUCUCUUGUUGUCUUGUGUAACGCCUUGCACUGCACUCCAGCAUCAGAGCCCAGUGAGCGGUCCUAAAAGUUAAGUUCCACUAUCCAAAUCCCACAACAAGCAAAAGAAGCUCUCACCUGUCCUGUUUCUUAUGGUUUCCUUGAGCUGGAAACGAUGCCAAGUACAUUUUGACUGAGAUGGACCAAGACCUAGCUCAACCCCUCCUGUCUAUCCUCAAAUAGGUGGAUUAAUAGGACUGGAGCCAGAAAGUAGCCAGGUCCCUCCUGACUGUGGAACUUCACCUGAAGGAUAUGAAGGGUCCAAAAAAGCAGGAGAGGAUCAGGUAUUUCUUGACAACAAAGACAGACCAGAACACGCAGGCUGGAUGAACGGACUCCACAGAGGCAGACAUUCGUAUGGACAGAACUGCACCACGACUGGAUCAAGCCGACAUGUUUCAGUUUGAGGGCACCAAACCAACCUGAUACAGACACAAGGACACUACAAAGUUCAGCUCCGUUCUGUGGCUUACAUGCUUUUUUUAUGUGUGUGCAUGUGUAGUACAACACCAGACGUGUUUUAGUUUAUUAACUUCACCAGGUCCUUUAAACGCCAGCUUGGGAAAUUCAAUAAUUAGACCUGCACUGAUUCAGCAACUAAAGGGAAACGCUGGCUUUCAUCACUGACUGGUCGCCUCCGAUGCAUAGAUGGUGACCGUUUCUCAGACCAAGCCAAGGAUGCAAUGAAUAACUACUUUUCAAAGCGAUUAAUCUGGUGAUUACUUUGCUAAUUAAUGGGUUGUUUCAUCCAAGAACAACCUUGGAACCACCGUCCCUGAUACUAGGGAGCCCAGGUGCUGUCUUCAGCUGUGUUUUAUUUUGCCUGACCGACGGUUAAAAGCUGGGAUCAGCAUGCUGAGUAUUUUUACAAAAUGAUUAAAGUCAAAGUAGUUGCUGAUUAUUCUCUCGUGAUGAGAAUUAAUCCAAAUUAAUUCAGUGGGAACAUGUCGAGGUGCAGCCUGACAUCAUAAUACUGUUAAAACAUGGUUACAUUCACCAAUAUUUACAAAGAAGAACCUACAGUAAUGUAACGUUAACAAUUAAAUGUACUUUAGAUCACCAACCUUUCUCCUACUUCUUUUAAUAAGAAGAUAUGAACUUGCUACUUUUGACAUAAGAGAGGUUCACUGACAUGUCGUUACUUUAAGCUCUCAUCUUGGAACCACUUAGUUUUAAAUUUAUUUCAAUAAACCUUUUUAUUUCCCAGAGGCCAGGGAGGAAACUCUUAAGUGCAUUGCUUAAUGCGGUUCGCCUUUUUUUUUACAUAGUUCCAAAGACUUUGUUUGUGUUUAAUUUUUACAUGAAUGUAUCAGGUGAGAGACUUUACACCAAGGUGUUAGAAAAGGCGUUAAUGAGAACCACUAAUCAACACAUAUUAUUCUCAUUGGGAGGUUUGACAAAAGAUGAGCUUGGAAAAUUCUUAAAUUAUUAGUUCAUUGCUUUGUACACAGCAAUAUUAUUUACUGAUGUGAGUAACAUGCUGCCAGAAAGACCAGUCCUUCCUGUAAGUAAAGAACCCUGACAACCCCUGAUGCCUUUGUGUUUUUGAAGCUUGACGUUUCAUCCCACAACAGUCUGUUUUCCUUCCUCCGACUCGCUGCAUCAUCACCGGCGCUUUUAAACAUUCCCCAGCGGCCGCCACGGAGCAGACGCUUCAGGAGAGUUUACGUCUGCGUUGGAGGGUGUGGAUCCUUCAUAUUGUCACUUCAGCAUUAUGUCUUUAUAAAAUGUUGCAGACCGUUAUAUGUUGUUUGCUCACAAUAUAUAAUAAUUAAUAAUUACAAUAAAAUAUUUCUGCUUUUCUUUCUUGAUUGACAUAUUCCAUGGAUAUUUAGGUUUAAUUCAGAAGCUAACGUUGAUUUCAGCAAACCAGGACCAGUCAGUGUGUGAAAUAAGCAUCAAACAGUCAAUGUCCCAAUAGUUGCUAGUGGCUGUCAAAGCUCUGGUUAUCAAAGUUAUGGUGCAGAAUUUCCAAUAGCUCACGAGAUAACUCUUGAAAAGGCCACUUUUGCAGCUGUCCGUUCCCUUUUCCAUUUCUUUUUUUAACCAGAGUUUUACACAUUCAUAGUAGCUGAGAAAGCCUCAGGACCUGAAGGGAUCAAGAGCGAGCGCUUUGAAGGGAGCCCCUCAUGUGUUUGAAUGUCUGACAACAAAGCAGCCUUCGCGCCGGUUUCCAGAGAAAUGGACGAGGUGCUUUACAGGCUCUUUGGCAGUGUUGGGUUUCACACACUCACUAAAGAGUUUCUGUGAACACAGCAGCAUCUUCACACAAGCUGACAGCAGUUUUCUGUUUAACACUGGCGUCACUUUGUUACAGAUGUUCACAUUUAUAGUUUAAACCACCUGAAGUCCAAAGAUGCAUUUUAUUGGUCUCCAUUAUUUGUUUGACUAUGUAUUUAUUUUAUAUCCAAAAUUAAGUCAGCUUUUCAAAUUUAAGCUGGGAAACAUCAUAGACCUUUCAAUUAAAUGCAUGCUUAAUCUAUAUAUUCUAUUAUUUUUCAUUUUCAUCUCAUUCUUCUCAAUAUUUCUCAUAUAACAAAAGAACUGUAUAAAAAUUAAACGUUAUCCAAUGUCUGUCUUGACAUUUUUUAAAAAACAAAGUCUGACAUUUCUAAAUAGGACUUGCAUCCCAAGUUUCCCUAAUUCAGAAUUUCAGGAACACAAAUUUCCAGUUUGACGUGUAAUUUUUAUCCUCAUUGGCUCCUCAGUGACAAGGUAGAACAGAUCGGCAGCACUUCAGCAGAUUGCUCCUAAUUCUCUGGUUUCCCACAUCUUUAGACAUCUGUUUGUGGUGGUACUAGAGGGCUGGUUCAGAAGACUUGAAUGUGUCCAGGACAGUUUGAUUCAUUAGUUUUUAAAUUCUUUAAACCACACAUUUUUAAAAAAAAUAAUUUUUUUAGGUAAUUUUUUUUUUACCAACAAUUUUCUUAACCUUUACCUUUAAUAAUGUUGCACAGUUAUUAGUUAUUACUGUUUUUUUCUGUCUGUCUCUGUACCGUUAUACUGCGGCUGAAAUACAGGAAUGUUCCCAUUGUGAGAUCAAUAAAGUCAUAUCUUACAUCAUA